AUGCCCAGCAAGCGAUCGCGCAAAGGCUGCGCCAGCUGCAAGCGGCUCAAGAUCAAGUGCAACGAAGACAGGCCUCGCUGCGAGUACUGUCUCCACACCAACCGCGAAUGCAUCUACCCAGACGAAGAGACGGCCGUCUCCAUCAUUUCCGAGUCGUCACGCCAGGCGCGGCGCCUCCGCGAUGUGUCGCUCUUCGCCCACAGAGCCCAGAAAGGCCUCGAAAACCCCGACAGCUACUUUACCUUCGACCAAUUGGUGGCCACGUUCACUCUCGCCAGCCCCACCUCGCACCUCGGCAUCUCGAGGUACGAGCUCCGCCUCGUCAACUUCUUCGACAGCUUCUGCGUGCCGUUGUUCUCGUUUGGUGUCAACAAGGACGUGCAUAACGUAUGGAAGAAUAUGGUGCCGUCACUCUUUUUGCGCAGCAGCUUGGUGCGCAACAGCGUCUAUUCGUUUGCAGCAUUGAACUUGUUUCCGUUGUUCGGCUUGACCAGCGUGCAGGAGGCCAUUCCCUACCAGCUCGCAGCCACACGCUCCAGCAACAGCAUCUCGGACUUGAUCGACACCAGCCUCUCGUUCUACGAGAACCAGCAGAACUUCUGCGACACCACCAACGCCUACUUCAAUAGCGCCAUCCAGAAAACCAACAUCUUGAUCGAAUUGGAGCUCAAGACCUCGUCGUUGGAGCAGCUGCCGCCCAGCCCCGAGUUGGCAGCAGAAAUGACGAUUUCGUCCAUCCUCUUGUUCUCUUACGUGUGCCUCCACCCGUUCAAAGUAGUACCGUUGCUCGCCUGGAACACGGACGAGCCUGACAUCAUCUCCAUCACCAAGGGAAUCCGUUCCACCCUCCAGAUCUGCACUCCCAUCAUAGCCCAGACGAACUACAAGGGCUUGACCACCUUGCAGGAUGACAAGCUCGUGAUCCCGCCAUUGGAAACGUGUGUGUAUCCCAUCAUCGCCAGCUUGCGCGACCAGUUGACCGAGUUGACCCAGGGCUACGACGUGUUCGACUCCAAGAUCCUCCGUGCCCUGGAGGUCCUCAAGGAGACCGUGCGGUUGUUGCACGAGUGCGUGUGCAAGUGCAUUCACUGGAACUACCCCGUUCCAUUGUUCCGGUGGCUCAUCUUGCUCCUGUCAGACUUCCGGGACUUGCUCUACGAGAGGAACUUCUAUGCUCUCCGCAUCCUCUUCAUUUUCGCGUGCUACUCCAUCGUCACCCGGUUUGAGGUCGACGACAAGUCCAACGUGUGGAUCGACUAUAUCUACUGGUACAAGAACUACAACACCAAAUUGUUUGGCCAAAACCAGUGGAGGUAUACUCUUGAUGAAGCGUUUUUCUGGUUGAGCGACUCACGAAUUUGUGUGUUUCCCCACCCUGAUUUCACCAAGAUGGGAUUGUUGGACCCAGAAGUGAUGUUUAUGCAGGCUGAGUCGAGCUCCACCAAGAACUUAUAG